AUACUAGAAACCAACAGUCAAUUGAUUCAGACCACAAAUUUCAUGUAUUUUCUCAUAAAAGCAUAAGGAUUUUUAGCCAAGCAAAGAAUUCUGGAAAAGAUGGAUGUUGAAGAGUUGUUUCAGGCUCAGACUCAUUUAUACAAGUAUACUUACAGUUUCGUUGCUUCCAUGUGCCUCAAAAGUGCAGUUAACUUGGGAAUACCAGACGCAAUCUUCAAGAAUGGCAAACCUAUUACUCUCUCUGAGUUGGUCUUGGCACUUCAGAUUCAACCAACAAAAUCUGGUCAUGUAUAUAGACUCAUGCGCUUGCUGGUGCAUGCUGGCUUCUUUGCAACAACCAAGGUUGUGAAAGAUGAUAAAGAAGAAGUGGGGUAUGAUCUCACACCUUCUUCAAGGCUACUCCUUAAAGACAACGUUCCAACCUUGUCUCCUUUUGUUCGAGCAAUGUUUCAUCCAGCUAUAGUUCACUCAUCAGAAUCAUUGCCAGAGUGGUUUCACAGAAACGAGACCACACCCUGUGACACUGCGUUUGGGAUGAGUUUCUGGGAGUAUUUGAGUCAAAACCAAGAGUUUAACGGCCUCUUCAAUGAAGCAAUGGUCAGUGAUUCCGGGAUGGUGAAUUUGGUUAUGAAAAACUGUAAAUCUGUUUUUGAGGGACUGAAUUCCUUGGUUGAUGUUGGUGGCGGUAAAGGAGGUGUGGGUAGGAUCGUUUGUGAGUCACUGCCUAAUUUGCAAUGGACCGUGCUUGAUCUUCCACAUGUUGUUGAAAAUUUGCCUGACAGUACCAAUUUGAAGUUUGUUGGAGGUGACAUGUUUCAGUCCAUUCCUCCAGCAGAUGCGGUUCUUCUCAAGUUAGUGUUGCAUGCUUAUAGUGAUGAAGAAUGCAUUAAGGUACUGAAGAAAUGCAAAGAAGCUGUUUCAAAGAAGGGGAAGACAGGGAAAGUAAUUAUCAUAGACAUAGUAGUUGGUCAAAAGAAUGAAAAUCAUGAAUUAACAGAAGCAAAGCUGUUUUUUGAUAUGAUUACGAUGGUUGUGGUCACGGGGAGAGAGAGAGAAGAAAAAGAAUGGGAGAAACUCUUCUUGGAAGCUGGAUUCAGUCAUUACAAGAUAACAAACAUCUUUGGUAUGAGAUCACUCAUUGAAGUUUAUCCUUGAAUUACUCUGAUAAUCUGUAUUCAUAUGUUGCACUGUUGUGUCCUAGUUUCUGCUGAUCUUCUCAAUUGUGAUGUGACAACUCUACUUAGCUAUGUUUGGUUGCAGUGUGUAACUAUGUUUAAUUGAAACUCAGUAUUUUCUCUCUC